AUGAAUGAACGUCGUUUGGCAUAUAUGACUGGUGCUUCCGGGUCGACCCUUAAAACCUCCCAGUUCCCUCAUCCACCCUCAUCUCCACCCAAGCCACUCCCACACGCCCUCACCUCCGCCCACGCCUCUCCCACACGCCCUCACCUCCGCCCACGCCUCUCCCACUCGCCCUCACCUCCGCCCACGCCUCUCCCACUCGCCCUCAUCUCCGCCCACGCCUCUCCCACUCGCCCUCACCUCCGCCCACGCCACUCCCACUCGCCCUCACCUCCGCCCACGCCUCUCCCACUCGCCCUCACCUCCGCCCACGCCUCUCCCACUCGCCCUCACCUCCGCCCACGCCUCUCCCACUCGCCCUCACCUCCGCCCACGCCUCUCCCACUCGCCCUCAUCUCCGCCCACGCCUCUCCCACUCGCCCUCACCUCCGCCCACGCCACUCCCACUCGCCCUCACCUCCGCCCACGCCCCUCCUUCAGCGUCCUGUGUGGAUUGACCUGAUCUCGCGUGUCCUCCGCCACCGCCAGCCUCCUCGGCCGUCUGGUGCUACACGCCGGUCUGAGGCUCAAAAGAAUGAAAUACAACUAACCAUAGCUCGAAAUCGCACACAAGGAUCCUGUGGAAGUGUUGAUGAAGCUGCUCCACACCAGAAUAGACAUUCAGUCUUCGGCAAACUAGAUGCUUUUGGCCCUAGCGUAUUAGUGAAGAAAAAUAUGCCGCAACAGGAUAACGCUUUUGGCAAGUUCUUCCUGGCGUCGCCUGAAGACUUCUGCAAGACCUAA